AUGAGCUCCGCCAAGCUGAAAGAAGUAUUUGAACCGGAAUCGAAACACAGCGCUUUCUACACGGGGGGCAACAUAGAAUGGCACGAGGACACGUUGUAUUGCCAAAAAAACGCCAAUAUUUCGUUAUUGAACGUGGAAGACGGCGUAGUGUCGAAAAUAAUCGGCGAGGAAGACUCUGAUGAUGCCGAUUACAUACAAACAUUCACUACGGAUGGGGAACGGCUGAUUUCGUCACACAAAAGCGGUUUGCUGAAGAUGUGGAACGAAAACGGGGAGAUCGUGAAGAUGUGGAAGUACAUUCACAAAGGGCCGAUUGCCAAGCUGGCUUUGAAUGGGGAUAAGUUGGCCUCCGGCGGGUCAGAUGGGGUUGUGAGGAUAUGGGACUUGACGCACCAGGCUUGCGUGUUGAGUUUGCGGGGGUGUCAGGGGGUCAUCAACGUGGUCGCGUUUCACCCAGAGAAAAAUAUUAUUUUUGCCUCGGGGGAUGACGGUAAAAUUCACAGUUGGGGGUUGGGUAAAGGGGAGACGGUCGGGGUGUAUGACGCACAUUUCAGUAAAGUUACCAGCGUCGGGUUCGCCAAUAACGGCGAGAAUUUCGUUUCCACUGGGAGGGACAAAGUCAUCAUUUUGUGGGAGUAUAAUAAUACCCACGCGCUAAAAACGAUCGCCGUGUAUGAAGCUCUGGAAAGCAUUGUGGUGCUGCCGCUGAAGUUCAAAAUACCGAAUUUCCAGGGCGAUCCCGACGGUAUUUACGUGGCUUCUGCGGGCGAAAAUGCCGUCAUCAAGGUGUGGGAUGUUAAGACAGCCAAAGAAGUAUACGUGCAGGAUAACUCUUUGGUUUCCAAAGCUUCGGAAGAGGGGGGGUUGGCUAUAACUCACCUCGUGCACAGUAAAAAAUCAAAAGCACUCGCCGUGGUGACGGCAGAACAAAACAUCAUAAUCCACUCCCUGAAGAGUUUUGUUUGCCUCAAACAAUUCAUAGGUUUUUCCGACGAUAUACUCGAUAUAACGUAUGUGGGUAAAGAGGAAACCCAUCUAGCUGUAGCGACGAAUUCCAACGAUAUAAAGUUGUAUGAUAACUCCACAAUGAAUUGCCAACUACUCAAAGGCCAUACGGAUAUAGUUUUAGCUUUAAACACCAGCAAAACAAACCCUAAUCUACUUAUAUCCUCAGCAAAAGACAACAAAGUGAGAUUGUGGUUAUUGAAUGAUGAAGAUUGCACUAUGUCUUGUGUGGGUAUAGGCACGCGGCAUACGGGAUCUGUGGGCUCUGUAGCCUUCGCAAACGCUUCAUCCAGCUUCGCUGUAAGCGUAAGCCAAGAUACGUGCAUCAAAAUGUGGGAAGUACCGACAAAACUGAAAGAAAACGAACCCCUGAACUGCACCUUCACCGAAAUCGCCCACCAAAAAGACAUAAACUGCGUGGCGGUAGCACCGAACGAUAAAAUCAUAGCGACGGCGUCGCAGGAUAAAACCGUCAAGCUGUGGACCGAAUCGCUGACUCUGGUUGGGGUUUUGACGGGGCACAAACGUGGCGUAUGGAGCGUUAGGUUCUCGCCGGUCGAUCAAGUAGUGAUGAGCUCUUCCGCCGACUGCACCAUAAAGUUGUGGUCCGUAGCCGAGUUGUACUGCCUCAAAACCUUCGAAGGGCACGAAUCGAGCGUGCUAAGGGCCGAAUUCAUAUCCAACGGGAUGCAAAUACUGAGUACGGGAGGUGACGGUUUGUUGAAGUUAUUCAGCGUCAAAACGUCGGAAUGUGACUGCACUUUGGACGAACACGACGGUCGUAUAUGGGCUCUGGCAGUGAAAAAGGACGAGUCACACGUGAUCACAGGCGGCAGUGAUUCUUUGCUGAUCAAAUGGAAGGACGCCACUGAGGAGCGUAGAUUGAAACGCCAAAAAGAAGAGGAAGAAUUGGCGUUGGAGGAGCAAAAGUUGAGCAACUACAUUCACAACAAUCAACUUUUGAAAGCCCUAAAGCUCGCGCUGAGAUUGGACAGACCCUACCAAGUUUUGAGGAUUGUACAGGGCGUUAUUAAAUCGCAGGACACCGGUUUGGCGGAGACGAUAAAACAGUUAAGAAACGAUCAGAAAGAGAGUUUACUGAAAUGCGCAACAAACUGGAAUAUGAAUGGAAAAAAUUGCCAACCAGCUCAGUUGGUUUUAAAUAUUUUACUGAACGAGCUUCAGACCGGCGAUUUUAGACCGAUUGGGUUAAGUUCGACUUUGGAGGGAUCUUUACCGUACACUGAAAGACAUUUUAAAAGAUUAACGCAAAUGCUGCAAGAUAUACAGUUAAUUAAUUAUACUAUAAACUGUAUGCAGCCACAUGCAAAAAGUUUAGCGUGA